CUUCCUUGCGACAACCAUGGACGCGCAACAAACAGGCACCCGUCAGCCUGCGGCAGCUCCCAGCCGCAGGUUGGCAAUCGUUCCCAUCGCACCAGAGCGACCAUCCUUCUUUUCAACCACCACGCAACAAUUCAAGAAGUUGCGAACCAUGUGCUUUCCGUGCUUCCCAGUCUCCAACGUUGAGUUGGAAGAGGUCCCGGCGACCAGAACCACCGAGGAUCGCAGAAGAAGUGGCUGCGCCUCCUGGAUCAUGGCAUAUGAUCCAGUCACCAAGACCAAUGUACGGGUUGGCACCUGUUACGACCCUGUCAUCGUAAGUAUCCCCCAUUCCCUUUUGUUUCGCGUCUCUUCUGGCUUCCUGUACAAUUUUCCGCGCUAUCUACUCCUUCCUGCGGUGUUGGCAAGGUCCGCCACCAGAUUGAUCCAGAUCUACCCAGAUCGACUCGACGGCGAGGUCGAGCAGGUCGAGGUGAUUGGUGGUUCUUGCCUCUUCCAUUCGGGAUAUUCAUCCUGCGAUAGAGAGGAAAGAGCGACUAAAUAUUCACUGCCUACGACCUCAAUUUCGAUGACUUUGACGCGUCUUUUUGUGCUUAUUUCCUUAAUUCGCCGUGCACCGUUGUGGGACUCUCCGCGAAAGAAGCAUCUCGCAAGCCCGAGUCUGCUAUCUUGCAUCAACACCACUCUACUCGUCCUUUUCUCCCAUUUUCCCCCUCAUCUUCAGCUUCAAUUUUCUCCAUCUUCUCAACCCUUCUCCAUUAUCUCAAGCCUGCUCCAUCAUCUCAACUCCCCUCCAUCAACAAUGUCGCAACACUACCGCCAACCUCAAGGCGCGGGUAAUAUUGUGCAUACCUACAUCCCUCGAAUUGAUGGCGCCAUCAUGGUGGGCGGGGUUGCUUACUACCCUCAUACCGACAAACAACCUGAAGCGCCUCUGGCUUCUCAUGUUGUGGGCUCGCUCGCAGCAGCUGCGAUGCCAGCAAUGCCUCCAGUGUUUGGUCAACCAGCUCCAGAAGUACCAGUGGUACAUGACCCUCAUCUCCCCUUACAUAACCUCCUCUUCCCACCUCUAAAUUUGUUUUCUGCUAUGUACAACCAUGGAAGCUCUGUGUUCUCUACACUACCCGCGUUCUUUCAACGGCUUUUCACUCCAAGAUAUCUGCCUGAACAAUUCACUAACCAUUUCUUUUUUCAGCAACCGGUCGGCUAUGUUGCACCAGCUGCAGGACCCGUCUAUGGCGCCGACGACUAUGUUUCCCCUUACGGCCCAAAGAUCCCAGACCCGGUCUAUCACCCUGUUCAUAACCCGGCCUGGUUCCACGCUCACACUGGUUUCUGGCCUCCUUACAAUGCACAUUUCAAUCAUACCCCCAGUGAGAUCAUCCAACAACAGUUGGCCACUGCGGAGGCUCAAGGCAAGGGCAAGCAAGAGAUGAAGCCGGCUGACGACGACCCCCAUCGCUGGUACUGGGUUCGCGAGCUGGACGACACCUGGACUCAACGCAACCGCCUCACCAUUGACAGUGAUGGAUUCGGUGAAGUCAUUUGGUAUGUCAACAAGGGCGAGUUCUAUGCUGUUCGCAAGCGUAAGGAUUAGAUGUCGCGACGAUGGAUGUAAGGUCACCUUCCCUGCAAUAGUAAUCAUGCGCACUGGCUAAUUAUUUUUUCAAAGUGGGAGCGAGCACACACUGUCUUACUGUUUUCACGAAUUGUCCCUGCUCCAACAUACCCUUUCAUUCACGCGCACUGUUCUCUUGCAUUUGGAGGUUCAUCUGGUUCUCAAGUACGCACAUAUGCGGAAUUUUCAUUUGUUUGGUGUUUUUCACAAUUUUUCGAAGGAAGGAUAAAUAAUCCGAGGAUACAAAAGUUUUCUUUGCGCUGUUUUCGGUGGUUGAAUGGUUGAAUGAUUGGGAAUCGGAGCUUGCCUUUUCUCAUCACUUUCUUUCUUCCUUCUUCUCACGUUGAUUUUUAAGGGAGUGGCAAUGUUUUUUCACAACGCAUGGCAUGGACUUUACAUGAAUGGUUGUUGCAGAUACCAGGACUCGGG